CGAACUUGGGCGGCAUGGCGGAGGCGGCUGGUGUCGGAUGAACCCAGAUGCGGGACGACCGAAGCGAGUUGCACCGAACCCUCCUCCGAGCCGAAAGACCGGAAGUGGCCCUGAUCACGUCGGAUAUAGCUUCGAACGCCCAGCUAUCGCGAGAUCGGCAGUCUCCGCCCAGCCGGCCAACGACGCCCUUGCAGCUGGGUUGCUUGUGGGCAAACACCACAGGGGCACGGCCGGAGGGCCGGGCACCGCGGGGAGCCGUGGCUAGGCGAUCCCAGGGGAUCUCGAGACUGUUCGUUCCGGCGACGACAGGCACAAGAGCGCUGCUCCUGGGAUCGCUAGCCCUGCUAUCACCCCGGGGUCCCUGUCCCCGUCCUAGGGCACCGCCUCUCCCCUGAAAGAUCCGCACCCCCUCGGGGACCCUUGACAACCCCCGGAGUGCUCUGCUUCUCUCCUGGUGGUGUCUAUGCAUCUUGGUUGCCGAAAGAAUUUUAAGCAGAUCUAAAUCCGCUCCAGUUCUUAAGUUCUGGGAUUCCGCGCUUCACAGCCUCUCAGACGUAGUCAUCCCGGUUGGCAGGACUUUAGCUCCUGCGUUUUUGGAAGAGACCCGACUCCGGCCCCGGUUGGCGACUUGGCAUCCAUGACCAGCCCCACCGAGUGACCUAUCCGCCUUGGAGCCCACCCGGGGGCCCGAACUUCGGGGCUGUCCAUCUGCAAAACCAGUGUCCUGAAGAUCACUUCUGGGCAAAGCGAAGGAUGCCGCUCUUCUUCCGGAAGCGGAAACCCAGCGAUGAGGCUCGGAAACGCUUGGAGUACCAGAUGUGUCUGGCAAAAGAAGCUGGGGCAGACGACAUUCUUGACAUCUCCAAAUGUGAGCUCUCCGAGAUUCCGUUUGGGGCUUUUGCGACAUGCAAAGUGCUGCAGAAGAAGGUGCUGAUUGUCCACACGAAUCACCUCACCUCCCUGCUUCCCAAAUCCUGCAGCCUCUUGAGUCUUGCAUCCAUCAAGGUUCUGGACCUGCACGAUAACCAGCUGACAGCUCUUCCGGAUGACAUAGGACAGCUGACGGCUCUCCAGGUCUUGAAUGUGGAAAGGAAUCAACUGACGUACCUCCCAUGUUCCAUUGGCAACCUGGCCCAGCUGCAGACCCUCAGGGUGAAAGACAACAAGCUGAAGGAGCUUCCGGACACCUUGGGGGAACUUCGGAGCCUGCGUACACUGGACAUCAGUGAGAACGAGGUCCAGAGAUUGCCGCAGAUGCUGGCCCACGUGCGGACCCUGGAGACGCUGAGCCUCGACGCCUCAUCCAUGGUCUACCCACCGCGGGAGGUGUGCAGUGCCGGCACUGAGGCAAUCCAGCAGUUCCUCUGCAGAGGCCUGGCGGUGACGGCCGGGGUCUUUACUGGGUUUCUCCACAGACAAAAGAAGAGCUCGGAGAUUUUGAAGUCCCUGGAAAACGAGAGAAUAAGGAUGGAGCAGUUGAUGUCUAUUACCCAGGAAGAGACUGAGAACCUGCGGCGACGGGAGAUUGCCUCCGCCAUGCAGCAGAUGCUGACCGAGAGCUGCAAGAACCGGCUCGUCCAGGUGGCCUACGAGUCCCAGCGACAGACCUUGGUCCAGCAGGCCUGUUCCAGCAUGGCUGAGAUGGAUGAGAGGUUCCAGCAAAUUCUGUCAUGGCAACAGAUGGAUCAGAAUAAAGCGGUCAGCCAGAUCCUGCAGGAGAGCGCCAUGCAGAAGGCUGCCUUUGAGGCCCUCCAGGUGAAGAAAGACAUGAUGCACCGGCAGAUCAGGAACCAGAUUAAGUUAAUAGAAACUGAGUUAUUGCAGCUGACACAGCUGGAGUUAAAGAGGAAAUCCCUGGACACAGAGGCACUACAGGAGAUGAUCGCGGAGCAGCGCUGGGUCCUCAGCUCCCUGCUCCAGCAGCUGCUCAAGGAGAAGCAGCAGCGCGAGGCCGAGCUCCAGGAGAUCCUGACGGAGUUGGAAGCCAGAAGCGAAACCAAGCAGGAAAAUUACUGGCUGAUUCAGUAUCAACGGCUCUUGAACCAGAAACCCUUGUCCUUGAAGCUGCAAGAAGAAGGCAUGGAGCGCCAGCUGGUGGCCCUCCUGGUGGAGCUGUCCGCCGAGCACUACCUCCCCCUGUUUGCACACCAUCGCAUCUCCCUGCACAUGCUGAGCCGGAUGAGCCCCCGAGACCUGGCCAAGGUGGGCAUCUCAGAAGUUGGCCUGCAACACGAGAUCCUACGGAGAGUCCAGGAGCUGCUGGACGCGGCCAGGAUCCAGCCAGAUCUGCUGAAACCACCCAAGGACGAGGUCCUCCAGGCCCCAGAGUGCCCCAGCGCCCCCCCGGAGCCUCCUGAGUCGGCCAGGCCAUCGGCCCCUCCCGCAGAGCUGGAGGCUCAGACCUCGGAGUGUGUCGUGUGCCUGGAACGUGAGGCCCAGAUGAUCUUCCUCAACUGCGGCCACGUAUGCUGCUGCCAGCAGUGCUGCCAGUCCCUGCGCAUCUGCCCGCUGUGCCGCCAGGAGAUCAUCCAGCGCCUGCGCAUCUACCACAGCGGCUGAGCACUGGCUCCAGCCAGGCCGCGCCCCACGGCCUCAGGAGCCCCCCUUCAUCUCCUAGCAUGACGGGGUGCGGGGAAGGGGGCUGUUCCUGGUCUGAAUCCUGUGGACAGAGAACAGGGCUGGCGGACGGUGUCAGAGCCCCUUGCAGCUGGGGACUGGGCACAGAUGGCAGGGUGGGGCAACGGGGCCACUCAAGCACAGGCAUGAGUGCCUGGCCAAGGUAGGGCUACCAGAGGGCACUGUGUCCGGAGUCUCGGGCUCAGGGGGCACUGGCCCAACCAGCGUGCACGCAGCCAUCGGCUGCAGGCUGUGCUGGGAUUGGCUGGUCGGAGCGUGUUGAAGGCUGGGCUGUGUCCCAAGCAGUCACCCACCUCCCCCAACCCCUUCCCUCUCCUCUGCCACCCAGUGUGCUGCCCACCCCCACCCCGCAGAUCUGCACCACCUCACACCCCACGUAGUUCGGGGGCAAACCUAAAGCAGGAAAGUCUGUAAAAUCAAUAAAUCGAUCUCCGGAGUAUUCCUUCUAAAUGGUCCCAGCCCUCGGGGGCCCAAGUGUGCCCCCCCCCCCCCAGUCACGAGGAAACGGGGAAGCAGCACCUGCACAGAACAUGGGGUUGUCCAGAAGUCCCUUCUGUACAGGUGGGGGGCAGGGCCUGGGUUUGCGGCCACGCCCAGGCAGUAGAGCAAGCUCCUUUGACAGGCGGGUGGAGCCGUGCUCUGGAGUGGCGUCUAGGACAGGUCAUGUCAGGUGGCCCCAGGCAAAGGGCACCUUCCCUUUGGGCCCUGCCCUGGGCUGACUCCCCAUCUCGCAGUAUGGGGCUGGGUGGGGCCCUAACUAAGGCUGAUGACCACCACAGCGUCCUGAGUGCUCAGCCCAGGCCCGGUGCUCACAAGAGCAGGCUGGGUAUCGAGGGGGUGGGGUGCAGAAAGAGCAAGUCCGGGCCUGUUUCCCUAUCUCAAUGGAAGCCAUGGGUCCCGCCGACCCCCCCCCCCCCAGCUAAAGGAAAUGCCUCUGUGGGUGGAGUCCUGUUCUAGUGAUUGGGUCUCACGCCAUGGAGGGCGGCUCAUCUCUGAUGGGCAUAACCUCAACCUGGUUCUUCCUGGGCCUCAGUUUACCCACUGACAAAUAGUGAUGAGAUCGUUCCCCACUCCCGGAGCCACCGGGAGGCUCCUGGCCUCAGGAAGUGCUCCCUCAGCCAGCUGUGUAGCCCAGAGCCUCAGGCUGUGCAGCACGCGCACACGUGGGCAGCAGUAAGGAAGGGCCCUGGGGGCCGUGCCCAGGCUCAUCCGGGCUCCACCUGGCGAGAGCCACUCCUGCAGUUGCGACGCCGCCUGAGCUUCCUGCUCCAGAGCCUUGCACAAGCCGCUCCUCUGGGAGGCCUAGGUCUUCCCUGUAAAAUGGGAUCAUGAACACUUGGCCCUGGACUUACAGGCCCCUAGAAGGCUGCGGAGGGGGCUCCUGGCCGAUGGCUCCUGCCAGCCCUCACUGAGCGCUCCCAACGCCCACCCGUAGCACACACAAGGCCCUGGCUUUUAAAUAAAGCAUUUAUUGAUUAGUA